AUGGUGCGGCACCUGGGCAAGGCAGUGGCGUCACUACAUCCGUUACCGCGUUUCUCAAUCCAACGGCGGCGAUACGCCAUACAAGCCGGUGGCGCGCCGAUAGUGGAAGUCUUCGAUCCCCGAACGAAGUACAUCCACAAGGAACGUGCUGCUACCCAUGUCGCGCACAGUCGGCAGGUCGACUAUUUGCGAGAUGAGGUAGCAACGCGCUUGUGUGACCGGAUACUGGAUAUCAAGCGGAACUUUCCCAAAGUCCUAGAUUUUGGGGCUAAUGCGUGCAACAUUGCUCGGAUACUCACACGACCCGACCCGGACCUGGAGUCAGACCAGAAGGUGACAGAGCCAAUCGCUGUGAAAGUAGGCGAGAUUACAUGCACGGACUCAAGUCCGAGUAUGCUGUACAGAGACCAGGAUGAACCUUUCAACCAGGAGAUCAACAUCCGCCGUGAGGUGUUGAAAACUCCGGAGUACCUACCGUAUGAACCGGAAACGUUUGACCUGGUCAUCUCCUCACUUUCUUUGCACUGGAUCAAUGAUUUGCCAUCUGUUCUGACACAGAUCAACACGUGUCUCAAACCCGAUGCACCCUUCAUAGCCGCCAUGACCGGCGGCGAAACUCUCUUCGAGCUCCGCGGAUCCCUACAGCUGGCCGAACAGGAACGUCUAGGCGGCAUUGGCACGCACAUUUCGCCCUUGGCUGAUGUCCGCGACGUUGGCAAUCUGCUCACUCGCGCCGGCUUUAAGCUUCUCACCGUCGAUGUAGACGACAUCAUCGUGGACUACCCUAACGUCUUUGCGUUGAUGGCUGAUCUGCAAGCUAUGGGAGAGGCCAAUGCUGCGGUACGGCGGGAGUUGGGUGGUAUCAACCGGGAUGUGUUGCUCGCUACCGAGGCUAUCUACCGAGAACUCUAUGGCGAGCAGCAGGAAGACGGCACGGUAACUGUGCCUGCAACGUUUAGGACGAUAUAUAUGAUUGGGUGGAAGGAAGGACCGGAUCAACCAAAACCGAUGCAGAGAGGAACGGGCGAUGCGAAUCUUACGGAUGUGCUCGGCGGUGGUAAGAUUGGGUGAUUCUUUAAGCGGCGUCUGUGUGCUAUUGAGACAUGCCGAUUCAUGACGGACUCACCAGGAACAGCGACCGUAGGUUGGAGUCUGUCAUGCGUAAAGCUGGCGUAACAGCCAUGCGCGACAGCAAAGGGUAGAUGGCACAGCCCAGUGUACCUUGCAACGGACAUGCAGGAACUUGGGCCUACAGAGCGGGAGGCUGUGCUCGUUACCUCUGAGCAUGAGCGAGAGUAUAUGGUGGCUUCUCAUGUACAAGUAAAUGCGAUAAGUGUAAACAUAGAGAGACCAUGCAAUCCGGGCCGAAGUUGUUCCGGCCCAUUCAACGCG